AACUUGAUAUCAACAAAAUCAACCGCAGACACGUCAACAAGUGAAAGGUGAUUCAGAAGUUCUUCCUGAAAUUUCAUUUAAAAUUAGUUAAUUGCAAAAUGAGCAGUAUUGAGGAGUUGCAGGAGAAAGUAGCUACCCUGGAGAGUGAAUUGCAGCGGCAUAAAAAUGCCGGAGGACGGGGGAAGAUUGAAAAAAUGUCCGCGGAAGUUGUGGAUUCAAAUCCAUACAGUCGGCUCAUGGCACUGCAGCGGAUGGGAAUUGUGACGGAAUACGAAAGGAUACGGGGGAAGAGUGUAGCUGUGGUGGGUGUGGGUGGUGUUGGGAGUGUCACAGCUGACAUGCUGACACGCUGUGGGAUUGGGAAGCUCAUCCUCUUUGACUAUGACAAGGUGGAACUUGCAAAUAUGAAUCGACUCUUCUACACACCUGACCAAGCGGGGCUGAGCAAGGUGGAAGCAGCUGCACGAACACUGAGCUUCAUCAAUCCAGAUGUUGAGAUCCUGACCAACAACUACAACAUUACCCUCGUUGAGCACUUUGAUCAGUUCAUGAGUACCAUUAGUACGGGAGGGAUUGACGGGAAGUCUCCUGUGGAUCUUGUGCUGAGCUGUGUGGAUAACUUUGAAGCACGCAUGGCCAUCAACACAGCCUGCAAUGAGCUCAAUCUCAACUGGUACGAAUCCGGGGUGUCUGAGAAUGCUGUCUCGGGGCAUAUUCAGCUCAUCAAGCCCGGUGAGACGGCCUGCUUUGCCUGUGCUCCGCCCUUGAUUGUGGCUGAGAACAUUGACGAGAAAACGCUGAAGCGAGACGGUGUCUGUGCAGCAAGUCUCCCAACAACGAUGGGAAUUGUGGCGGGAUUACUCGUGCAGAACGCCCUGAAAUACCUCCUGGGCUUUGGCGAGGUCUCCGACUACCUUGGCUACAGUGCCCUCAAUGAUUUCUUCCCCAAGAUCACGCUACGACCCAAUAAAACCUGCGAGGAUCGCUUCUGCAUCCAGCGUCAGAAGGAAUUUGAAUUGAAACCCAAACCGGAAGCACCAGUAGUUGAGGAAGCAUCCAAUGAACCCCUUCAUGAGGAUAAUGAGUUCGGCAUUGAGAUUAUCAAUGAAUCCGUGGAGGAAAAGGGAGCUCCACAGAGCCAGGGACAGGGAUUACGAUAUGCCUAUGAGAGUGGAGAUGCGCAUUCCGAACCAUCAGCACCUCCGGAACCAUCCGGGGCGGAUGAUGUCAGCCUAGAGGAGUUGAUGGCUCAAAUGAAGAAGAUUUAAAUUAUAUUUUUAUUCAAAUUUUGCUUAAAAUAAAAAUCGCACGCAAAACAA